GCGCGAUCCCAACAGUUUCCUGUCAAACUUUCAGAUCUCAGACUUCUUACCUCCGAACGAACUUGUUUUGGAUAUACGCGCCCAGAGUCUUUCUCCUUCGUAAGACAGAUCCUCUUGCAACCCAUCAUUCCCCAAAAUCAUCACGCACAGCCAUGGACGACGUACUGGAUAAGCUCAGGAUCUUGAACUAUCAGCGAGACUUCUGUAAGACAAUGAACUUCAAACCACUCCACCGCUUCUACUUUACGGUGCCAGCAUCGAACCCCAAUGAGCAGUUCUACUGCUUCACCUCCCUGUCCGCCUGGCUGGUGAAGCUGAAUGGGAACUCGUUUGAUCCACCGGGACAGUUCGAUGACCCUAAUGCCACUGUCGCUAACAUGGCUGCGAAACUGAAAGAAAUGGAGAUUUCGGCAGACGUGGGGCUCAACAAGCUUCGACAGGGGCAUGGAGACGGAGUGUUGAUCGUCCUGCAGGCGCUGGUAGACGGGGCGUUGGCAAAGUCGGGAUUCACGUUUCAGAAGCCGACGCAUAAAGUCGAUGAAUACGCUGAGGAAGCCGAAGUAGAUGCUGACGCGGAACUGACGGCAGAAAGCAUUGAGGAAACCAUACCCGCUGAUGACGACGCGGAAGAUAUGUUCAUGGGGACCAUGGCAGCAUCAGCAGGCGUACGGGCGGGGACUGCGAAAGCGGAGUCAGCAGGUCUUCGCCCAACGACAGCAAGACCGACCGUGGAUCCUGCCGAAUGGAGACUGGAAGUAGAGCGGGUGACGCCGAUGCUGCGGGUGCAGAUUGCGAACGAUAAUAAGGAUUGGAGGAUCCAUGUGGAGAAUAUGAGGCAUCACCACAAGACCAUCACAUCCACGCUAACAGAAACACAAAGCCGUCUCGGCAAAUUGCAUUCCGAGAUCGAGCGAACCCUGGAAAAGAUCUCCAGUAGGGAAAAAUACAUCAACACGCAGUUCGAAGCACAGGCCGAGCAACACCGCGUCCUGCAAGACCAAGGAUCGGAAAUCAAGCAAAAGUACAGUGUAGCGAGCAGCCAUGUUUCGGACCUGACGAUCGAUCUCUCCCGGAUCUCCGAAGAGCUUGAUAGUGUCAAGGGACAAAUGGACGAUAUAGGCAGUGGCAUGACGGAUUCCAAACCGCUUUUGUCUAUCAAACAAGGGGUUACAAAGCUGAAGUCUGAGAUCAAGCAAAUGGACCUGCGUAUUGGUGUGAUACAGCACAUGCUGCUGCAAGCGAAGUUGAAGACGAAAGGCCCUAUGGUCGAGCCACCAAAUAUGAUGCAGGUAAGCUCACGUCUGAAUGGACUUUCUCUCUCAUUGUGAGGAUACGCAGCUCAUCGCCUCCGAAUUCCUGAUGCAUCUCUUCCCAUCGCACACGAAGGUCUUUGCCCUCGCUAUAUAACGUUUCCGGAAGAACGCCCAUAGACAUCUGCCCAGUGUUGAUGAUUUCGUUUCAUAUC